AUGAUGAAGCUCACUGAAAAAUGCGAAAACUACCUGAUCCUUAGAUUAGAAAAAGAAAAUACUCAGUUUCAGCUGCCGAGGCAGAAUCUGUUUGACCUUCCGAAAGGUUUAGAAAAAGAGGCUUCUCAGUUCCCGCGGCAGUUCCCGGUGUUUGUCCCUGAGAAAGAUUUCAUAGACAAGUGCCUUGAGCUUCUAAAUAUUGGACAGAAUUAUGGACUGGACAGGCUACAAAGUGCUUGCAUUGAGUUAGCAAUGCGUAUUAAAUUCCAGAAACUAACAACUGACACGAAUUACAAGAACAUUUCUGUGUCCAACCGUGAAAGGAUUUUAGAGGGUAUGGUUAGAAGAACAAAGGAAGAGCUCAAGACUAAAGAACAAAUGAUAAAAUCUAAAGACGAUCGAGACUCCCGAGCAAAAGAAAAGGCUGUAGCCGCGAUUAAGGAGCUGAAAAAUAUUAUUUAUAUUGUCUUUGUCGUUUUGUAAGGCAAAUUAUCUUCCCGCCACAAUACAUGAGAAGCUAAAUUGUAUCAGUCGUUCAAAUGGAGAGUUGAGGAAACUAGCAGGUCCUUUGAAAGAUCUCCAUGAUAAAUUGACGGGCUUGUGUUAUGAUUUUGGAGCAAAUCCGCAUUUCUCUUGGUAAAUUAUCAUGAUAAUAGAAGCCCAGUUAAACUCUACCCGGGAUUACUAUAAUACUGAGAUGAGGCGCAAGAUGUUCGCUAAAAAAUACAUUGAGGAAGUAUAUAUAAGCCUUAACACUAGUCCUCCGAUAGCUAUUUUCGCUGGAAAAAAAGAGGACCGUGGUUUUCACUGUAAGGGACCAGAGUUGCGGGGCCAGCUUUAGAUUUUUCUUCGUUGACCGAUUUUUCCUUAUUCACGAUAUCUAGUGUUUUCCACGAUCAAAAACACAUCUCGAGCAUGAUGUUAAUGGACAUCAUUCGAAGUGAAAUUUAUGAAUAAUAAAUUUACUGAAAGAGAUAGCAAUGAUUUCUGUGUCAUUGUAAACCAAAUAGUCCGUUUGCAGGUGGCCAGUCACGUGGUACUACUACGCCAGUGCUGGAGGGCUACAAUGCAGUGAAGUCCUAUCCGCACCUGCGACUAAUGUAAUGCGGCAAAUUCAAUCCGGAAAAAUAAUUAAACGCACUAAAGAGUGACACUAACGUUUGUCUUUAUCAUCAAUUGUUUGUUUAAGUUGAUAGAGACCAUUUGCGCACGGAUAGAAUGUAUUUCCCACGCACUUCCACCGUAACUUACAGCCGUAAAAGUGUGAGCAGAUAGCUUCUGUCUACAAUUUGUAGCUUUAUUCCUUAACAUUUUCAACUGAGCAAUACAACUCAAAAUCGCUUUACUUUUAUCAUGCCAGUCGCGGCGCAAGGAGCAUGGAAGUAAGCUUCAAAAACGCAAAGGCGCAAGGGAAGGCUAAACGUGAAAAGCUUACCAUGAUCUCUUGCGCCGCGACUACCCUGGAAAAACUUAAGAAGCACCUAGGUACGAACUCAGGCAAACUGAUCUCAUUACUGUAUUUCGUAACGCCCGCUCUUGGCUUGAUUUUAGGGAUGGGGAGAAAUGCUUCAUUUAACGCAGAAGUUUGCACCUUUUGCUUAAAUGUUAAUGUAGGGUAGGAAAGAUGAAUAAAGAUUACUUACCAUACCAUAUAUAUAGGUCGUCUUCAGCGUUUUCGUGGCGUUUUUAGCUGCUUGAAACUAAUAUCCCGGACCAACCUCGUUCCCAGGGUUCAAGAGAGAGAACCUGGGAACGAGAUUGAUCCCCGACUAAUUGCGUUCGAGGUACGAGAACGCAACCCUUAAUUUUUGUUGGGUGUUCUGUGCAUUAUUGGGAUCCCUGUGCAAUUAACAAGGGAGGUUUUAUAUUUGCCCCGCUUUGAGGCACUUGCUUACGUUUUGCCUCACUUUGACGGACUAACUCACGUAGUGAUUCGUGUGUCCUCAAGCGUUUGCUGAGGUCUUUUAUUCUGUCUUCGUAAAGCGUUCAUCUUUUAAAAGUUUGCUGAAUCUUCGUAAAGCGUACAUAUUUCAAGAGUUUGCUGAAGAUCUUACUAUCGAUCUGUGUUUGCUGAAUCUUUCAAAACGUUUAUCUUUCAAAAGUUUCGGCGGCCGUUGUACCACAAAGUAAAUCUACCGAGAUGUGAAGCUCGGCGGUGCCGUUUCAUCAUGACUUGUGAUAUUUUCGGCACCGGACAAAUGAACAUUUUAGGUCUAUGUUAUUUAUUCGGAAAAACUUAUAAACAGCCCACAGUAGCUCCACUCAAGUCACUGAAAUCAACACACUCGACCAAACUACUGCACUUAUUGAGACGGACCAUACGAUAUCACUAGCUUUUUCAUAAUGAUACACAGUUUAAAAAGAGGUUUCGCUGUAAGCAAUCCUUACGUUUAAAAUAUGCCAUGACCAAAUUAAAGCCCGGUUUCCAUAUGAUCGCUACCAUCGCUGUGAUCGCUGCGAUCGCUGAGAAAAAAAAAUUCAACGAUCAUAUCGAUCAUAUGAAACCACUCUCCAGCGAUCGCAGCAACAACAAUCGCUGAGAUAUAGAAAGUCCUAUCGAUCGCUGGAGAGUGGUUUCCAUAUGAUCACUGAACUUUUUUUUCUCAGCGAUCGCAGCGAUCACAGCGAUCGUAGCGAUCAUAUGGAAACCGGGCUUAAUCUCCACCCUUCCUCCUCAACUGCUACCUGUUCGCCUUACAAUCAUAUCGAACGCAUUCUUCUGAGCUCCGAUUACUCCUAGUAUAUAUGUAUUAUGUUAGGGGUGUCAGUUUCAAGUAGCCUGCGUGGCAGGCGUUCGAAACUGAGGGAAGGGGAAGGGAAUUGAGGGCGCGAGACCGCGCGCUAGGGAGGAGGGAGGAGGGGAACCUUUCUCCCUCGCGCGUCCAAAUUCCCUCUUCCCCUUCCACUUUUAACCCCUGCCACGCAGGCUAGUUUCAAGCGACUAAUAUUGUUGGUUUUCAUAUGACGUCACUAAAAUUCAAACUAAAAACCUAUCGAUCCUACCGAAAUUUUACUUUCACGAUGCAUUAGAGCAGCUGAAAACUAAUUUUCAUGCAAAUUUUCUCUUCAAAAGGUUUCUUGCCUUUGCGUGACGCGGCAUUUAGUAUACAUGACGGCCAAGAGAGCUGUCAUGUAGGUUAAAAAAAAAAGACUUAUUUCAGGAAAUUUUCCUAUCUAAACAGUUCAUGUAUUAGAAAAAGUAUUACUUUCAUGUUUAUGAUUUUCUCGAAGAAAAAGUCCACGCUUUUGUAGCAAAACUCGGUAACAGAUGUUUCUGUUGGUUUCCGUCCGCUAUGUUGGAGCUCAUCCAGGUGAGCACCAGAAUGGUAGCAUGGCGUCUCCAUACAAAUCUCUAUAAGUUUAGGUAAAACAUUUCUUCGGAUAUCUCGUAUACGAAAUAUUCCUCUGACCUGAAUCUUGGCGAGGGUCUUUGUAUAUGUACUUCCUUUCAUUUCCCAGAUUCUGGACUUUAUCUAUUGGACGGUUUGAUUUUUAUUUUGAUCUAUUUUGAAUGGCGUGACACUGAAAACCAGCAAUACUUUCAAUGUCACGCAAUAAACACGACACAAAAAAAAUAAAUUAGAAACCGUCCAGUGGAAGAAGCCAAAAAAAAGGAAAGGUUUAAACAUUAACCACAAGGGACUGCAAAGGACUGCAAACGAAUAUGCCGAAGAACGUAGGAUCUGAAAAGACUGAUAUAUAUAAACAAUUUGUCCAAAUCUCAGGUCUUGGUGGCCCACAGUUUCUACGUUAUUGGCCGAGACAUUUCACGCACCCUUGUAGAGCUUUGUAUGGAGACGCCGUAUUGGUGCGGCGUCGACAAAAUCUGGAUCGGAUCACGGAUCGGAUCAUCGGACCGGAUCGGUAAUCCGAUGCAGGUUUUGUCGACGCCGAUAUUCAAUAUGGCCACCGGAAAUCAACAAAAACAUCUGGAGUUCACUUUUUCCAUAAAAGCUCUUCCUUUUCACUCGAGAUCUAGCAUACGUGAGCAUAAACACAUCUUUUGAUGCUUGAAAUGGUUAAACUGCUGAAAAUCAAGAGGAGAGACUUUUUUUAAUUCCUUUUUUGGUGUCACGCACUGUGAAAACUCGGAAGUUCAAAUUGCUUUAUUUUCGAAAUGAAACAUGCUUCUGCGCUAGAAACUUGUACAAAGAUUUAUUUUGUAUUUAUCUUUAACCUAGUGUACAUAAGAAUUCGUAAAACCUCGCCUUUUUGACUUUGCAGUCUGAUGACGUCACUGUGAAAACUAUCAUUCGGCAGCUCGUGUCAGUUUCAACCGACUCAAAACGCCCCAAAAACGCAGAAGAUGACACUAAAAAAACAUGGUAAGUAAUCUUUAUUCAUCUUUCUUUCCUUACAUUAACAUUUGGGAUCAAACGGUGCAAACUUCUGUGUCUUCCGAUCACUGAGCGGGCGUUACAAAAUACAUCAAAUGUAUGAGAUCACAUGGUUGGCCUGUGGUGCGUAGUAGCUCUAAAGAAAAUAUCACUUCUACAUUUGCCUUCACAGUACUGUUCAAAGAAUGUCAAAUCAAGCUGAUUCGCUCGACUUUUCUAAGCCAUGGGAACUCAGUGAUGUUUUGUUGAUUGUAGAAGAAGAAAGAUUUCAUGUUCAUCGCUGUAUUCUGGGGAUGUGGUCCGAAGUAUUCUCAACGAUGUUUACCUCACUGUUCAAAGAGAAAACCGAUGAAGAAGUUCCUCUUCCGGGAAAGAAAUCAGCUGAAAUCAAGGAAAUGUUGCUGGUAAUUUAUCCAACAUCUGCAAAACCGAUCGAUGGAAGCAACUAUGCCUUUUUACUUGACCUUGCCAAAGAGUACAUGAUGACUAAGGUGACUGAGAAAUGUGAAAAAUACCUUAUUGAUCGUUUAGGCUCGGCCAUUAGUUUCCAAGGUCGUUGUAAAUGCGGAAAUAAGCGCAACUACGUGAGGAAGGAAGAUUGUUUAGACCUUUUGGUCAUCGCCCAAAACUAUGGACUGGAUAGGUUGGAAACGGCGUGCAUCGAGAGAGCAAAGAAGAUCCAAUUCGCGGAGCUGAAAAAUGACACGAACUUCGACAAAAUCUGUGCUUCUAACUAUCGGAAGAUAGUUGAGGGUAUGCUACUAUAA